AAAGAGAACUUUGAUAUGAAUUUCAUCAAACAUAUUUUGUGCACAAAAAUUUGUGACAUUAUCAUGAAACAGCUAUGUCGACAUUAAAGAACAAAACGCAGUCAUAGGCAGCAAAAAAAAUGUGAAGUAGUUUAAUUUUUCCAUAACUAACACUAAACGAAUUAGCAAGUGAAACUGAAACUGGAUUUCCGUGGAUAUGAAAACCAUCAAUUGAUUUGGUGUUGUCCAAGAAUAAGUUUGGAGGAGAAAUUGAAAUCACUCGAAACUUGGUUUAUGGGAGAAGUAAAAUCAAAUAAAAUUCUAGUCGGAUUAAUCAAUUAUCGAAUACUGAGUUGCUGUUGGGAAAAGAGAGAUGAAGAAAAAAGAGUGGAGAAGAGGACGGAAGAGAGAAGAGAAACGAUUUGAUACCGGACGGUUGUGGCUACAAAUGGUUACAAUCCAACGACAAAUACUUAAAAGACGGGUAGAAGCAAAAAUUCGUGUGGUGUACGAAACAUUCGGCGGUACACGAAAAUUGUAAGCGUUUUUCAGUUCACGCUGUUGGCAUUAAAGGGGGUGAGAUUCUCAUUCGUCGUCAUUUAGUAGUGUUUUGCUUUUGCGGGGUUUUUCUGAGAAAGAGGAGAAUGGGUUUGCUCUCAAAUAGAGUGGAGAGAAGCCAGAUUAAACCAGGAGAUCAUAUCUACAGUUGGAGAGUUCUCUACACCUAUUCUCAUCAUGGAAUCUAUGUUGGUGGAAACAAAGUGGUUCACUUUAAACCAAAAGAGAAAACAGGUUCCAGCAUGGAUAAUUCUCUCACCUCCUCUGGUUCAAGUCCAAGACUCCCAUCAACCUGUCCAACCUUCCCUGAUUGUGGAUUCAAACAAAUCAAUAGUGGUGUUGUUCUCUCUUGCUUAGAUUGCUUCCUCAAUAAUGGACAUUUAUACUGUUUCGGAUACGAAGUUGCUCCAUCAAUAUUCCUCAGCAGACUACGAGGUGGCACAUGCACUACUGCAGCAUCAGAUGCACAAGCAACAGUAGUUCACAGGGCAAUGUAUCUGCUCCAAAAUGGUUUUGGGAACUACGAUAUAUUUCAAAACAAUUGUGAAGACUUUGCUCUUUAUUGCAAAACGGGUCUUCUGAUCCUUGAUGAAUCGGGUGUUGGAAGGAGCGGCCAAGCUUCUUCUCUUAUUGGUGCUCCAUUGGCUGCUCUUCUUUCUUCUCCACUGAAAUUGUUAAUUCCAGGCCCUGUCGGGGUUGCUACAGUAACAGCUGGAAUGUAUUGUAUGAGCAGGUAGGCAACUGAUAUAGGUGUGCGAACUGACGUUAUCAAGGUAGCGGUUGAAGACAUGGCUGUAAAUCUUGGUUGGGCUUGUGGCAAAGUAGCCGAGGAGGAAUCACAGGCUCGGGAUAGCAGAUAGUAACAGUCGGUUUGGUUUGUUGCUGCAAUAAAAUCAAUUGUGUGGAGCUCUACCUCAAGCUAGGGAAUCACCAUUCACCUAUGCUGUGUAUUUAGUGACUUGACUGUGUAGUUAAUGACUUGACUUAUUUGGAGAAUGUCAUCAACGGUGCAAAAUA